GCAGCAGAGAAGACUAUGCAAAAUGAUAAAGUUGUUUCUUUAAUUUGCUUCAUAUAUUUUGAUAUUUUUUGAAAUACCAUUAAUAACAAGUGAGUGUCCACUGUGAUUAAUAGUCAACUACAUAUUUAAAGGGUUGCCACCUAGUUUUGCCAUUCGCCCCCGCUCUUCACAAAUCAGUUUUUUCUCUUCUUUCGCGUGUGAAACAAGUGCAACUAGUGAGAAAGCAGCAGCAUAAUAAUUAGUACAAAAAAAAAUAAACGAAAAAACCAAACGAACUACAAUCAAAUAAUAAUAUUAAUAAAUAAAGUGCAAUCAAUUAAGUGCAAUUGGCAAUUACAAUUGGCAAAUGGCGCAUUGCAAGUGCAAGUGGCCAACCUCCGCCCCCCUCUCGCCCCCCGCUCUCAUCGUCACCACCAUCAUCAUAAUGAUUGCCAGCAAAGUCUCAGCAAAGACAAAACGGGCAAAGACAAGUGUUACUUCAAAUAUUAUGCUGCUCAAGAAGGCAAAUUAUACGAUUGAUGAUCGAUGCAAAUAUUUGAUGCUGUCCUCGAAGAUUUGGAUAAUUCUUUGAAUUUUUCUUCAAAAAUUCACAAAAUGCAGCACUAAACAAAUGUUUUAGUAUAAUUGGCGAUCAGCUUUGCAGUAUAUUUAAACAAUCGUUACCUUCAGACUUAUGUGUAAUGUGAAUAAAGUGAAAUAAGUAAAUAUAAGUGAAAAAGUGAAUAAAGUGAAAUAAGUAAAAAAAAAAGUAAAAAAAAAAUGAAUAAAGUGAAAUAUGUAAGCAAAGUUAAUAAGUGGAAAAGUGAAUAAAGUUCAUAUAUUGAAAAAAUAAAUAAAUAUAGUGAAAAAAUUAUAUAAGUGAAUAAAGUGAAAAAUGUAAAAAAAAGUGCAAUAAGUGAAAAAGGGAAUAAAGUGAAGAAAUUGAAAAAAGUAAACUAAGUGAAUAAGUGAAUAUAUUGAAAAAAGUAAAUAUAGUGAAAAAAAUAAUAUAAGUGAAGAGUGAAUAAAGUGAAAAAUGUG